UGCCGGGGUGAAGGCGCAGCGCAGCGCUCCUGACGCCGGAGGUACCCGGGCCUGCCCUCGUGGGCCUGCCUGGCCGCGCCUGGCGCGCCGCAGCCAUGGCCAUCGCCCACCUGGCCACCGAGUACGUAUUCUCAGACUUCUUGCUGAAGGAGCCCUCGGAGCUCAAGUUCAGGGGGCUUCGGCUGGAGCUGGCCGUGGACAAGAUGGUCACGUGCAUCGCCGUGGGGCUGCCCCUGCUGCUCAUCUCGCUGGCCUUCGCACAGGAAAUCUCGAUUGGUACACAAAUAAGCUGUUUCUCCCCAAGUUCUUUCUCCUGGCGUCAGGCUGCCUUCGUGGAUUCUUACUGUUGGGCUGCUGUUCAGCAGAAGGACUCCUUACAGGGCGAUUCUGGAAACCUUCCAUUGUGGCUGCAUAAGUUUUUCCCCUACAUCCUGUUACUGGUGGCGAUCCUCCUGUACCUGCCCUCCCUGUUCUGGCGUUUCACAGCUGCUCCUCAUCUUUGCUCAGAUUUGAAGUUUAUCAUGGAAGAACUUGACAAAGUUUACAACCGUGCUAUUAAAGCCGCAAAGAGCGUGCAAGACCUUGACGAGAGAGAUGGUGCCUGCCCAGUUCUGGGUGUUAAUGAGAAAGUAGGGCAAAGUUUUUGUGAGAUACCUGAAAGCCACUUCAAGUACCCAAUUGUGGAGCAGUACUUGAACACAAAGAAAAACUCUAAUAAUUUAAUUGUCAAGUACAUCAGCUGCCGAGUGCUAACACUCAGUAUUAUACUAUUAGCAUGCAUCUACCUGGGCUAUUACUUUAGCCUCUCCUCCCUCUCGGAUGAGUUUGUCUGCAGCGUCAAAUCCGGGAUCCUGAGAAAUGAUAGCACUGUGCCUGAUCAGUUUCAGUGCAAACUGGUCGCAGUCGGCAUCUUCCAGGUGCUCAGUUGCAUCAACCUCAUUGUUUAUGUUCUGCUGGCUCCCAUCGUUGUCUACACGCUGUUCAUUCCGUUCCGACAGAAGACAGAUAUUCUCAAAGUGUAUGAGAUCCUGCCCACUUUUGGUGUCCUGCAUUUCAAGUCUGAAGGGUACAACGACUUGAGCCUCUACAAUCUUUUCUUGGAGGAGAAUAUAAGUGAGCUCAAGUCAUACAAGUGUCUGAAGGUACUGGAGAAUAUUAAAAGCAGUGGUCAGGGCAUAGACGCCAUGCUCCUCCUGACUAACCUUGGCACGAUCAAGAUGGAUGUUGUCGAUGGCAAAAAUCCCGAGCCUGUGGAGAUGAUGGGAGAGGAGCAAGGGAACCAUAUGGCAGAGCUCAAAGAUUUGAAUGUACACAGUGAAACUAAAGCAAAUGGAGAGAAGAAUGCUCGACAGAGACUUCUGGAUUCUUCUUGCUGAUGAUUUUUUCCUUGAACUUCAGAUCUGUGACUUUGGUGACAUGGGAUUCAUUUUGGCUAAAGCACCUCUGUCAGGUUCCCAGCUGGUUUGCAGUAGAUGGUUCUUAGAAGAGAAACUGAGCAUGUCUUACUGAGUCCCUAAUGAAAAUGAUGGUCAACAAAAUGUUGUGGAAGAAUGGUUCAUGAACUUCCUGUGAGAAGCAGCGUGGAGAUACAUAAACCACAGCAAGUAUAUAAGUGUAAGUCCUCAUGAAACGAAAAGUGGAAAGACUACUCAGAGUAGAGUAGGAGCACUUUUAGCACCUCAGAGAAACACCUUUCUGAACAGAUGGAGUGACGAGACUCAGACCUACUGGGAAGCAAGGACUUCAGGAGGUUUUUUGUUUUGUUUUAUGAAAUAAUAAUAAACAUGUCAGGAUAUAAUUUAAUAUGAAUCUCCUAUGUGCCCUUAAUGCCUGCUGGAUGAGAAGAACAUUGACUGGCUAACUGUGGACCCAGAGGUGGACCUGCCCUUAGCAGG